AUGUCGUUCCUGUGUGGUUUGACGCCGCGUCGCCGGUUUCUGAGCCGCACGCCGAACCAUGCCGAGACCCCCCGACGCGCUCGAACAAUGUCCAUUUUCGGAGGCCCCCACGGGGGUGCUCGCCGGACCUUGCUGACCAUGGUUGGGGUCACGACGCUGCUCCAUCCUCCCCGGGACGCACCUCCCACGACCUCGCCGGAGCCGGCCGAGAGAGAGCUCGAUAUCGACAAGCACAUGCACGACCUUGUGCAUCAGGUAUACGAGGACCUGAAGCAAGGACAUGCGCAGCUUUCGAGAGAACAGCUGCACAGGUUUCUGAAGCAGGUUCAAGCUGAAGCCGUCGUUGAGCCGCUCGACCAAGAGCACUACGCUUCGUGGGAGUUUGUCCGUAUAUGGUUGAAGGGCUAUGGUGCAGACGCAGUGGCUCGACCUGCCGCCAAGGACCUGUCCAAGCCCCUCACCAAUUACUUUAUAAACAGCAGCCACAAUACAUAUCUGGACGGCAAUCAGCUGGCAUCUCAUAGCACGCCCGAAGCGUACAGAAAUGUUCUCUUGAGGGGUUGUCGCUGCAUCGAAAUUGACGUCUGGAACGGGGAACCGGCUCCGAGUCGAGAUCGGUCAAAAUCACCACACGGAGCACAACUCAGCGCGGCACCCUCGAGAACGUCACAAGCCAACCAAGCCGAAGUGGCUGUUGCCGCUCUGGACAAAUCCUCGCCGGAAUCGGCGAGCGUCAGCGCUCACAGUCGGACCACGGUGGACGAGCCCUCGCCGAGAACGAGCGUCCUUCACCUACCAGACACAAAACAGCAGCCAACCGGCGACCGGCUGGAUGCGCCUCGACUUAAAUCUGGAGCACCGCUGCCGCCUCGACAACCUCGACAUCAAAGCCCACCGCGAGGCGAACCCAUUGUAACCCACGGCCACACCCUUACGGUUCCUUGCGGCUUCCGCGAGGUCUGCGAAGCCAUCAAGGAUUCUGCCUUUCAAAACAACGAGCUGCCCAUCAUUAUCAGCCUGGAAGUACACGCCGACUGGGAACAGCAAGAGAUUAUGGUCCAAAUCAUGAGGGAAGUGUGGCAAGAUCUGCUUGUGACGGAGCCCCACGAAGAUUUUGACCCUAGAUUUCGGCUGCCCAAGCUCCAGGACCUACAGCGUAGGAUUCUGGUCAAGGUGAAGAAAGCCCCGGCUAGGAUGGAACCCCUCGGGCAGAUCGUCACCCACAGCUCAACAGAAGGCGCAACCCAGGGCGCCAGCCAGGGCACCUUGCAAACCGCGUCGCAAAGCGGCCCGAGCCUGCUACCGACAGUCACAGACGGCGACGAUUCUCCGCCGGUUGAAAGCGAGGCCCAGCCGCAGGCGCUUGCAAAGGCGACUUCUGCCCCUCCCGCGCCAGCCGCGUCUCAAGAGAAGCUCAACGUCGGCCGCAUAUGUCAGAGCUUGGGCGAUCUAGCAGUGUACACACGAAGCGAGCACUUCAAGGCGUUUGAGACAAAGGCGGCCAAGACGCCGGCGCACAUCUUCUCCAUCAGUGAAAAGCGCAUUCUCGAGCUGUACCAGAAGAAUCAGCGGGACUUGUUCCUCCACAACAAGAACUACUUCAUGAGAGCGUACCCCGACAAGCUGCGAUUCAACAGCUCCAACCUCGACCCCAGUCUCUUCUGGAGACGCGGAGUGCAGAUGGCGGCCAUGAACUGGCAGAAGAUGGACGCGGGAAUGAUGAUCAACGAGGGCAUGUUUGCCGACGAGAAAGGGUGGGUUCUCAAACCCCUCGGCUACCAGAGCUCCGACAAGCGUGCCGAAUCGCACAAUGCAGCAUCCCCUGAAUGGACGUUGGAUCUGAACAUUACAAUGCUUGCUGGGCAAAACAUUCCGACGCAAAGCGACGAUUACGACCAGCACCAGCGCGGCGGGAGCACCAUCCGGCCCUACGUCAAGGUCGAGCUUCACGUCGAGCGAUCUGAAAACGCCACGGGCAAGGAAGCUGACGAAAACACGUACAAGAAGAGGACAGAUGCCGGAAAAUCCAGAAAUCCCAGAUUCGGGGAAUCGUCAAAGAGACAUCUCAGCUUCGCAGGUAUACCCAAGGUUGUGCCCGAGCUCAGCUUCGUUCGAUUUCGUAUCGGCGAUGACUCUCGUAUGAGCACUUCCAUGCUGGCGUGGGCUUGCGUCCGACUCGAUCGUCUCCGUCCAGGCUAUCGUUUCGUCCGGCUCAUGGAUAUGAACGGCAGCGCCAUUCCCCGCGGGGUGUUAUUUGUCAAGAUUGAAAAGAGGCUGUAUGGCAGGGAUACGAUAUCCGAAUGA